AUGGGCCCCGGGGGCGCGGGCUGCUCCCCCGGGCUGCUGCUGACCGUCGGCUGGCUGCUUCUAGCGGGCCUGCAGUCUGCGUGCGGGAAGAAUUCCACCUACUUCCAGGAUCCAGGCAUGGCCCACCAGGGCGAGAGCGAUGGUGAGGGCGAGGAAGAUGGGGAGAACGACGCUGAGACCGAGGCCGAGGUUGAGACCGAAGACUCAAGCGCGUCUGACGAUGAUGUUUCAAAUAGGACAAUAUCCAAAGAAGUAGAAUUUGGAAUGUGCACUGUUACAUGUGGUGUUGGUAUUAGAGAAGUUAUAUUAACAAAUGGAUGCCCGGGAGGUGAAUCCAAGUGUCUUGUGCGGGUGGAAGAAUGCCGUGGACCAGUAGAUUGUGGCUGGGGUAAACCACUUUCAGAAAGUCUUGAAAGUGUUAGGCUGGCAUGUAUUCAUAUAUCUCCUGUAAAUCGUUUCAAAUAUAUGUGGAGACUUCUAAGGCCAGAUCAACAAGCUAUUAUACUUGGAAAUGAUUCAGCAAUCCUGGAAGUACACAGGGAUAGUCACCCCCUGGCUUUAGAGUGUAACACCUUGGAUAAUAAUGAAAUCAUUGCAUCUGUUAGAUUCACAGUCUAUACAGCAGGUGAAUUGCAGAUGAGAAGAUCCAGCCGACCAGACACUGACGCAGUCCUGGUUUUUGUGCUGACCAUAGGAGUCAUUAUCUGUAUAUUUGUGAUCUUUGUAUUGAUCUUCAUAAUUAUAAACUGGGCUGCAAUCAAGGCCUUAUGGGGGGCAAAAACCUCAACAACUGAGAUACAGUCCGAGUUGAGUUCUAUGAGAUACAAAGAUUCAACUUCUCUUGACCAAUCACCAACAGAAAUACCUGGACAUGAAGAAGAUAAUUUAAGUGAAUGGAAUGAAUGAUAUAUGAUAAAACAAAGGAGAUUAGAGCAUAUCAGAUUCAUUAUUAUAAAAAUAAAAUAUAUACUUAACUACUUU